AUGGAAGACGGCACGAAAUCUCUUUUGGAGUACGGUAUCCCCAAUACGACAACCGAACUCCUCUCAAGCAUUGUCAGACCGCCUGUCACUGCUCAGCACUUUGAAUUGAAACCACACUUCAUUCAAUUCAUCUCCAAUGAUUCAUUUGCAGGCACACCGCAUGAUUUCCCUGUAAGUCAUAUUGAUAGCUUUCUGGAGAAAUGUGAUACGAUGAAAAUGAAUGGUGUUACAGAUGAUGCUAUCAGACUUUGUUUGUUCCCUUUUUCACUACGGGAUAAAGCGAAGGAAUGGUUACGAGACGAAGGUAUAGGUUCCUUUAAUACAUGGGAUAAGCUUGCCAAAGCUUUCUUAGUAAGAUUUUUAGGGCAAGAAAAGAGUGCAAGGUUAAGGAAUGAGCUAGCUAUCUUUCGUCAAUCUGAUGAUGAGUCUUUAUAUGAGGCAUGGAGAAGAUUCAAGUGCUUACCGAGACAAUGCCCUCAUCACGGUAUCCCAGAGUGGAUGUUGAUCCAAACAUUCUACAAUGGUCUGACCCAUGAGUUCCGCAUAUACAUUGAUGUUGCAUCCGGGGGUUCUCUCAUGACUAAGAACCCAACUGAAGCCAAGGAGCUAAUUAAGAAGAUGACAACCAAUGAUAAUUAUCAUCCAGGAGGUCGACAUAGUGUGAAUAAGGGAGGUAAAUUAGAUGUUGAUGCUCUAACUCUUUUGACUAGCUCUGUGCAGGCAUUGACAAAUAAGUUUGACAGACUCCAAGCCGGAACAUCUACUAGCUCACCGGAGACUUGUCAGAUGUGUAAUGUGCAGGGUCACAUUGCACCUAAUUGCCCCAAAAAUUCAAGUGAGAUGUCAAUUGAGGAGGCCAAUGCAUUCUACACCUCUAAUCCUAAAAGGCCGUAUGAUCCUCAUUCAAACACAUACAAUGAAGGGUGGAGAAAUCAUCCGGACUUCUCUUAUAUGAACACUCAAGCUCAAUUGAAUUCUCCGUCACCACCACCUAUUUUUCAAGCAAGGGCAUCUUUUAAUCACCAACCCAUGAAUCAACAACUACCACCGCAAACUUCAAAAUACAAUCUUGAUUCCAUUAUGGAGACUUUCACUACUUCCCAACUUCGACAACAAGAGCUUAUGACAAAGCAAUUUGAGCUACAAGAAAAGCAAAAUGAACACUUUGAAAGCUCGAUUCAAAUGUUUAUUGAUCAAAAUAAGAGGAUAGAAACUCACCUUUCUCAACUUUCACAACAAGUGAGUCAUUUAUCAACUCUUCAUGAUCAAGCAAAAGUCCAAAAGGAACAAUGCAAUGCAAUUUUCUUGAGAAGAGAUGAAUUAUUUUCGAGGAAAAUAGAUGAGAAACUGUGCAGUGUGGAGUUAAAAAAAGAUGAAAAGUGUGAGGAUGUAAAAAGUCCCAAAUAUGUUGCUCCACCGGCCUAUGAGGAACCGAUGCCCUUCCCGCAAAGGUUGUCAAAAGCCGUGCUCGAUAAACAUUUUGGAAAAUAUUGCGAGACUCUUAAAAAGUGGCUGUUGUUAGUUGCUGCAAAGGGUGGAGAUGGUAUGGUUUUGAGGGGAUGUUUCUGUGAGUUGCUGUAG